AUGAACAACGCAUUCGAUAGAAGAGAAAGAACCGUUUUUGUAUCAAUGAUUCAUAAGUCAAUCAAUGAUGACAGACUCUAUGAGUUGCUGAGUCAGGCUGGGCCAAUUGAGAAGGUCAUCUUCAAGGAAAAUCCUGAUGGUUCCUUGUUACAUGCGCUUGUGAUCUUCAAGAAUAUUGAAUCCGUUGUGUUUUCAAUGCUUCGCUUGCAGCCUUUGAUGCGAAAUUCAAAAUUAGUCCAGAUUCGUCCGUUACGGUGUGUGUGGUAGCA